AUGUUUCUUGACCCAACACCACUCAUCCAGCACUCAACCGUCCAGGUUCUCCCUUUCUUUGUUCUUGGGACAGCUCUGGGCCUGGUCACCGCGGAUCGUGCGCAACCCAACGCCGAUUCCCCUUUUUCAUGCAGCAUCGUUCACCCGAUCGGAUACUGCGGCCGAAACGCGAACCCGCCCACAUCCCCCCAAACCACCAAAAUGGCGUUAGCAGGAGGCCAUAGAACACAUUAUGCUUGUGAGAAAUCACUGCAUAUGUUUACUAACUAUUGUUGCCAACGACACACACUAAAACUCCAAGAUACUACUAACCCAAAAGUCAAAAUUGCUCAGACAGUCGAUGUUGGCAAUAUCUGCCAACCCGGACUAGUACCGCACUGA